AAAAAAUCUGUCAUGAGUCACAAAAAGUCAUGAGUGAAAUUCUUUAAAAUAAAAUUAAACAAUGUGGGCAAGAGGGAGGAAUCCUAAGGUCUAUUAGCUUUGUUAGUCGGAGCAUUGUAAUAUUAAGUCGUUUGGUAAUUUUGAAGAAAAUGCGAGCACAUUUGAGAAAUAUAUUAUUUCAUUGUUUAUCCAAAAUUUCAACACAAUCGUAGAUUGUAGCUUAUAAGUUACAGCGUCGAAAACAUCCAAAUAAAAACUAUUAUAUUUAAGAUUCAAUUAAAUCUGUAAAAGACAAAUCUGCUUGUGUUACUGGUCGAAUUCUAGGAGCUGUUAAGUCAGGGCCUCUACCAUGUCCAUUAGCGCGCACUCCCCCCUGCCGUGACGUCAUAGCCCGAGGGAGUGCUAAAGCAGCGUACCCUUAUAUUCUAGGCCUAAACCUCGCUCGCCUCGCAAGGUUUAUUUUUCUCCUCGAAUGGAACAAUACUCGCCAUUUCCGCCCCUGGAAAGCUAGCCCAUCCUGCUUUGUUUGUGAACAACUGGGCCACAGUGUGUACGCCUGUUUUUUACAGCACACUGUGUAUAUAUAUAUAUAUAUAUAUAGUAUCCCAGUGCAAUGUACAUACAUUCUUUGAACAUUCUUUGUUAAAAAUUAAAAUGAUAGAUUAAGUUCAAAUGCUUUACAGCUGCUCUUUUAAUCAACGUGCUUAAUGUGCAGAGCAUGGUUAGUUUAGCUUCAUUGUCAUUCUAAACCAGCGAUCACAUAAGACCAAUAGAUGGAGCAGUGGGGUUGGCCGUUGAAGUCGACUCUGGCGCGCGACGCUACAAAAAUGGUGGCAACCUUGGGAUGAUUCACCCUAGUGGUGAGCGCUCAGACUGUGUUCGCUGCAUCGCUGCUGUCUGGCAGUGUGGGCGGUUCGUUAGGCCCACGUUUUACAGUAGGUUGUUCAGCCACCGACUGUCAUUGUUAGUUUCUUUAAUGAGAUGUUGUCUCAUCACUCGGUACCAGAAUGCCAACAACUUGUAUUGCAUAUGGAUUCGAAUAGAAAAACCGGGUUCUUGGGAUUUAUAACGUGUAUAUUGAGUACCAUAAAACCAGAAAGGUACUCCACAAUAUGCUUCGUUACAUUUAAGUGUUUCCUACAAUAUCAUAGAUAUAGUCGAGAUCUUCAUCUUCCUUCUCAUGUUCUAAAACAUCCUCACUAUCUAAUGACCUGUAGCCUGGAGUUGAUGAAUUUAUUUCUUGUACUUCAGAUCCUUUGCUAUGUGUAGACAAUAUGAAGGUUUUAUUCUAAAUGAGGGCAUUUCCUGUUUCAGAUUCUUGAAGUUCCCUAUGUAAUAGAAUUCGUUUGAAACUUCCCGUAAAACUUGUUGUGAUCCCCACGUGAUCGUAUAUAGCCGAAAAGUCGUUCUACGUGGUCUUGGCUAACCUUGUAUAAGGAAAGGUAGUUGAGAGUACGAGGCUCGUCUGCUAAUUAAUGUUAUCAACAUAACUUUUUGUUCUAACUUAUAUGUUUUGUUGUGUUAGAAAUGGCUGCAGGAGGACCGGGACGAGGCCGGGGAGCAAUAAUUGCUAAGUUGCUCGAGCUGGAACAACGCCCUGGUCCACCUACUUCUUCCUCCACAGCAGGUGGCUCACCUCCAGUACAGGAGGCAGUUCAGGUACCUUUGCCCAGGUCCUCAGGUCGAGGUGCUAUAUUACGACGUAUUCAGCAGAUACAGGCCGAAACCAUCACCAACCGAAACCAACAGACACCAAUCACUCCUACACCCCAGCCAGCUGAUCCUUUGGACCAACCUCCAGUUCCCAGAGGCAGAGGGAAACUGCUAAUGACUUUGGGGUUACAAAGUCAACCAUCACUACCAGCGCCACGUGUGACUGCACCUACACCUUUGCAGAGAGUACUGAGCCAUGUUGAACCACCACCACCUGCUGUUGUAGCUUCUACUACACCUGAAGUAACCUCUGUCACAAAACAAUUUAGACGGAUACAGAUUGAUGCAAACAGAGAACCUAGUAUUAACAGAGGUACAACAGGUCAGGAAGUUCCUGCUACAGCUAAUUACAUCCAUCUAUAUUUAAAGGAAGGACGAGGAAUUUAUGAAUAUGAAGUUAGAUUUAAUCCACCAGUUGAUGACAGAAUUUAUUGUGAGAAAUUACUGUUUGUUCAACAUAGAGAUUUGUUUGGACGAAACAGAACUUUUGAUGGAGUGACAAUGUAUUUACCUCGAAAACUUGAUGAAGUGGACACCAUAUUGACUAGUGUGCAUCCGAUAACAAACGAAACACACACCAUCUCACUAAUCUUCAAGAAGGAAAGAUCAAUGGGAGAAUGUACUCAUAUGUUCAAUGUGUUGUUCAGCAUCAUCCAACGAGAGCUGAAUAUGGUAAAGUUAGAUAGAGAAUACUUCUCCAAGGAUCGCUCAUACUCAAUUCCUCAACACAAGCUUGAAAUAUGGCCAGGAUACGUAACAGCAGUAGAUGCAUUUGAAGGAGGAAUUAUGCUGAAUUGCAAUUCUUCCAAUAAAGUUCUGCGAACUCAGACCGUUCUGGACGUUAUAAAAGAUAUUUUGUCUCGUGGUGGUGGAGGCGAUUGGAAAACUGUUUUGGAAAGAAUGCUGAUUGGACAGUCUGUUAUGACAAUGAGGCCUGUAAAUAUAUAUAGAAUUGAUGAUAUUGAUUUCAGUCAAAAUCCUAAAAGUACCUUCGAGAAAGCUGAUGGAACAGUGAUGGAUUAUGUUGAGUAUCAUCGAAGAAAGGAUAUUCAGAUUCAUGACUUCCAACAACCUCUACUUGUCCACAGACCUAAACCAAGCAAGAGACCGGGAGGUACUGGGCUGUUGAUGCUGAUCCCAGAGUUGUGUUACAUGACUGGGCUGACAGAUGAGUUCAGAAAUGACUUCAAAGUCAUAAAGGACGUAUCUAUGUACACUCGUGUCAAUCCUAACCAGAGACAACGUCUUCUACAAGACUUUAUUGAUAGCAUCAAAAAUUCACCAGCCUGUGUUAAACUGUUGGAUGAAUGGGGACUUGCAAUACCAGAAAGAUCGAUUUGUCUGACUGCCCGAACUCUGCCACCAGAGAAAAUUUUCUUUGGAAGAAACUUUGAAGACAUGGGCUCAUGUAACGCUGACUGGAGUAGAGCAGCGAGUUCCCAACAGAUGUUGGAAGUUGUUAAUAUUAACAACUGGCUGGUGCUGUACACUCAGAGAGAUGAAGUAAACUCAAGAAACUUUGUGGAGAUGAUGGCCAAAGUUUGUCCUCAAAUGGGUGUGAAGGUUGAAAUUCCAGUCAUGCAGAAGAUUCAAGAUGAACGCACAGAGACUUAUCUAAAGGGUUUGAGAGAAGGAUUGAACCAAAAUGUUCAGUUGACGGUUAUUAUAUUUCCGUCAUUGAGAGAUGAUAAAUACUCUGCCAUCAAGAAAAUGUGUUGUGUAGAGUGUCCUGUCCCAUCUCAGGUAAUAAAUUCCAGGACGAUAUCAAGACCUGAUAAGCUCAGAUCUAUAGUGCAGAAGAUAGCCUUGCAAAUUAAUUGCAAGCUGGGAGGAGCACUUUGGGCUGUUAAAAUACCAUUUGCCAAAGCAAUGAUAUGUGGCAUCGACACGUACCAUGACACAAAGAACCGCGGUCAGUCGGUAGCAGGAUUUGUAGCCUCAUUGAAUCCCAAUGUCACUCGAUGGCACUCUCAGGUCUUCAUGCAGUCGAGCGACUGUGUGAUGGUGAAUGGCCUACAAACAGCACUGGCCAAUGCCCUCCAAAAGUACAGUGAGGUGAACAAAUUUCUCCCUGAAGUAAUAAUUUGUUACCGAGCUGGGCUGGGAGAUGGCCAGUUAAAUGUCUGUAAGGAGUAUGAAGUACAAGCCCUGGAGAAGGCUUUUGAUGUAAUAAAUCCGGCCUACAAGCCAAUGUUGGCCGUCAUUGUGUGCCAGAAGAGAAUCAAUACCAGAAUUUUCUUGCCGAAAAACGGAGACUUUGAGAAUCCACUACCAGGGUUGAUUGUAGACCACACCAUCACUCGGAGAUACUUGUUUGACUUCUUCCUAGUGUCUCAGAUGGUGAGACAAGGAACUGUGACCCCCACCCACUACGUAGUACUCCACAACACUACCACAAUGGAUCCUGACAAGAUCCAGAGACUGACGUACAAGAUGUGCCAUCUCUACUACAAUUGGUCAGGAACUAUUCGAGUUCCUGCUCCUUGUCAGUAUGCGCAUAAGCUGGCUCAUCUGGUGGGCUCCAGCAUUCACAAGGAUCCAGCGCAAAUUCUUUGUGAUAGUCUCUUCUUCUUGUAAAAUGCUACAGCAUUUUUCCUUACCAAUAGUGCCUUACUCUGUAAAACAAAACAUUUUAAUUAUAAGUCAACUUAUGCUUAUGUAAAGUUAUGUGUAUAGCCUAUAUCGAAUUUUUGAACAUAGGCCUUGUUUGACCUAGUUUCUGAUAGAUUCAUCCAUUCCUAUUAAGACAAUCUUUUUUAUUUUUGUGGUUAAACUAGGUUUUGUUAUAUAGCCUAAUGCAUAUUUUAAAUGAAUGAUAUUUUGUAUAUAUCAUACAUUUCUUUUGUUUUAAUUUUAAUAAAAUAAGACAUUACCAGUGUUCUCUUUAAUACCAUUAGUUGAAAUGGUAGCAUACCAACAUUUCCAACUUUGUUUUGUAAUUGUAACAUUAAUUUGUUUUGUGUACAUUUUCCAUGAUUUUCUUAUGUCAUCAUUUUACUUAUAGUAUUUUCAAAAUGUACUUUUGACUCAUGUGUUAAAACACUUGUGUUCACUAUUAUAGACAUACAUUCAUGAUUAAAGAACCAUAUUUAGUAUUCAUCGUGCUAUUCCUAAGUCUGUAUGUUUUAUCAUCACCUAUGGUUUAAUUUUCAUGUUGCUUUUAAGAUAUGGUUACAAUAUAUUGUUUCUGUUGUGGAAUUAAUGUGUUGUUACGACUUUUUUUAAAGGUUAUUAUUUCGAGAGAAAUAUUGGGUAAAAAGUAAGAAAUAUGUAAAAAUAAAUAUGUUUGUAAAUGUAAAUGAA